CGCCUCUUCGUUAACUCGUUGUUUCAAAAAAGUAGAACAAACGACGUCUGCAGACGUUUCGCCUCACUCUUGCAUCUCCGCUGAUUCUUGUUUUGGGACUCAAAUGCGAGUAUGGAAGCCGAUAAGGGGAUAAAAUUGGAAGACCAGGAAACUGGGAACUGUUUUAGUAGUGGAGUAGGAUUGAAGAGAGAUUAUAAGGAGUGCAUUGGAUGUAUUGAUUUGCAAGAUAAAAUUAAAAAAGCCAACGAAAAAUGUGCAUUACUGGAAUCAGAUAUUGGAAAGAAAGACAUUUUGAUUGACGGUCUGGAGCGUAAGGUUGGGUUUAGGGAACUGGAAACUAUCGAAUUCCUGGAUGAGGUGAAAAAGUUGAAACAGAAGAAUGAAGAUCUUGAAAAGAUCAUUCGUGAUAGUGAGGAGAUGGAACAGUUUGCAGUUUUGAUGAAUGAGAAUGAGGCUUUGGUGUGUGAGAAGAUGAAAUCUGAAAGCGACCUUGAGUUGUGGAAGUUAAAAUGUGAAGAAAUGGAGGCUCGAGUGAUGGAGUUGGAGAAGAAAUUAGCCGUUGGAACAGCGAAGGAGGGUCUAGACUGGCAAGAGAUGUGUUCGGGGAAGAUGGAUCAUCAAGGUGGUUCACUAUCUGGAUUUAAUGUAGAAUUUGGGGCUGCAACUGACAAUGAAGUAAAUUGUGGCACAACACCAGUUAGCAACCAGUCUAAUCGUUAUGCAUAUACGGAUGGAUCAAAGGGAGGCCAGAAAUGUCUUAUCCAAUCAAGAGUUAAAACAUGCCUAGACUUUACUGCGGAAAAGAGUCCGCUACAGAAACAUUCUCCCUCGACCUUUGGCAGUAGGCCACCUCUUGAACCUAUCUAUGUUGGUGACAGCGACGAUGAUCUUGACAUUGUCCAUGUAUCUUUACCUAAUGUUGAUUGCAACAAAAGGAGGAAGGUCCAGAGGUCAAGCAUUGUUUCAUUAGAAUCUGAUGAUGGAGCAGAAUUGCCCUCGAAAAAUAUGCAUGAGCCAACUGUUGAACAUCAGAGCGAUGAAGAGGAAACUAACUGCUCUACUGCUGGACAACCAUGUCGGAUGCAUAGAAGGAGGAAAGUUAGGAGUGCUCAGAUUGUGACUAGUGAGAGUGAAAGCGAUGAUAAUAUCCCACUUUCUAAACUGGCACACCGUCCUGAUACUCAGCGCAGGAGAAGAUUUGUUAGUGAUUCUUGUUCUAAGAACAAUCUCAGAAAAGUCACUCCCAGACGACGCUCGCUGAGGGUGGGAGAUAGGAAAGAUAACAGUGUUAGAGGUAAAUGUUCUCCGAGGAGGUCUGGAAACCAGGGUGAUUUAGGGAAAUCAGAGAAUAUGAAUGACACUCUACAUAAAGAUGAAAUGGAAGAGGAUGAGUCGAGUUAUGAAGACGACACUUUGGGUGGUUUUAUUGUUAACAGCACAGAUGAAUCAGACAGCGGCGAUGGGUCCAACAGCAACGACUUCUCUAAUCAUGAUGGCUCAUUCUCUGGGGAUUGUUCAGAUAAAUCUGAUUGUGAUGAAAUAGGAUAUGAUGAAAUUAUAUCUGGUUUACGGAGGGGGAGAAAGGACAAACUGAAAUGGGAGUUUGAAUCAGAUAUGCUUGCCGAUCUUGGCAAGUCAGCUGAACUGUGUAUGAAGGCGGUUUGUGCACUCUAUCGCCAGCAAACAUCUUACGAGCAAUCUGCUAAAGCAGCCAUAGAUCGCAAUGGACGAGGGUUUAGCCACACUCAUGCAUCAAGUGGCAGUGCCUUAGCUGAAUUUCUUACUGAUGGCGAUCCCCACACUGACAUGACCAAGACAGUGCGACAGCUCCGGAACUUCAAUCAAGGGGGUGUUGAGCAGUGCCGAAAACUGGCAAAUCACUACUCUAAACAGUUGUUCGAAAUCUACAAGAAUGAAGAGGAUCCCUUCUUUCGUCCUUGAUAAACUGACUGGCUUGAACAGAUUACACGAAGCAGUUGCAUCCACUCUAUAUGAAAACUCAGGUUUUUGGUAAUCUUCAAUGUAUAUAAUGUCUCUUUUGGUGUUUUUGGUUUGUCUGAUUGUGAAUUAUGUGCCAUGACAUGGGCCUAUUCAAGAUUUAUUAGGGUUAUAGGAAGCUAAUUGGAUUAGGCCUAUGCUGAGGUCAAUGGUUUUGAGUUGUUUUUUUUUGUGACAUAUAUAAUCGUAUUAGUUGUCAAGAUUUAGUCUUGCAAUCCCACCUAACAUCCUAUAAUGUAUGCUGUCAUAUUUUUAUGAGGUACACGUUUGUAAGAUUGGGGACUAAUUCACUUACACAAGAAUAUUUUCUGAGGAUUCUCUGAUCC